AGUGCACCCGGCAGUUCUAGCAUUCUGUUGUUAGCGUUUUCUGGUGAAAAUGACGGAAGUUGCGAGUAAAAAUUCAAUCUCCACCGAACUAACUGUGCAGGAAGCUGAACUCUACGAUAGGCAAAUCCGUUUGUGGGGUCUGGAGUCACAGAAGAGAAUUCGUACUGCACGUAUUCUCAUCUGCGGUAUUAAUGGCCUAGGAGCAGAAAUCUCAAAGAAUAUCAUCUUGGCUGGAGUGAAAUCAGUCACCUUCUUGGAUCACAAUGUUGUCUCAGAGGGCGAUCGAUGCUCCCAAUUUCUCGCUCCUGUAACAGCACUGGGGGAUAAUCGUGCUGAAGCUUCUCUGGCACGAGCUCAGGCACUCAAUCCAAUGGUGGAGCUUAAUGCGGACAAGGAUGUGCUGACUGAGAAGCCGGACAACUUCUUCACAGCUUACGACGUUGUCAUUGUGAUUGGAGCUCCACGACGGGAGAUGAUUCGCAUCAACAAUGCCUGUCGCAUGAAGGGUGUGAAGUUCUUUGGAACAGAUGUCUGGGGUAUGUUUGGGUACUCAUUUGCUGAUCUGCAGGAGCAUCAAUUCAUCGAGGAUGUCUUCAAGCACAAAGUUGUCUCGAAGGAAAAUGACAAAAUUAAGACGGAACUUGUGGGUGUACCCACCAAGAAGACCCUCCUAUUCCCACCGCUACAGGAUGUCUUUGAAUUCGAUUGUCGCAAGAGAGAGUACCUCAAGACAAUCAAGCGCAAAGGUUUCGCCUUGAUGAUGUUCAUGAUCUUGCAUCGCUUCCGGGAGGAACAUCAGAGGGAUCCAUGCUACAAGAAAGCCACCGAAGAUAGAGCCAUUCUCCUCCAGUAUCGCGAUGAUCUUGCUCCCGGAAUUAUCCCCGAUUCCGCAUUCACGCACGUCUUCUCUCAAAUUUCACCCGUUGCUGCCAUUGUGGGCGGCGUAGUUGGCCAGGAAGUCAUCAAGAGUGUCUCCCAAAAGGAGGCACCGCAUCACAAUCUCUUCUUCUUUGAUCCCGAACGGGGUGAUGGCUACAUCGAAACAAUAGGCAUUUAAGCUUUUUUCACUUUUAAUUCUACCACAAUUUCUAAGUUUUUUUUUCCUUUUUUUCUUAUAUUCAUUACACUUUGUGAAUUAAUUUCUUUUAUUACAGUAUAAAUAAUUAAUAGAUUUUGUGUCAUGAGGUUUAAAGAAAAAAAAAUAAGUUGUGAAAUAAACUCUCAAUGGACAAAA